AUGCAAAAGGUUAAGCUAAAGAAAAGGACGCGGCUUUAUCGGCCUUUUGCAAAAGGGGCUGCACGCAAAAGGACGGUUAAUUUCCGGGUAAAGCCUUUACGAGCAAUCGAGCGUGGAAAAAACUAUUAUAAGUAUCGUAAAAUACGGAAUUAA